AUGGACUUCUGCGUCAAGACCCGCGCCAAGAGGCGCGCCGGACGCGAGGAGGAGCGCAUGAAGACUGUGUCCGAAGUGGAUAACAUACCAUCCUUGUCUAGUAGAGACCACCUAUAUCGUACUAAGACCGAACUUUUGUACCGGAAUCAGCCUUUGAAGAAGAAUCUGUGCAGGAAGUAUGAAACAUAUCGGCCGAUCGAUGUACCAAUGUACGCCCCCAAGCGCCAGAGGGAUAUGCAACAAGAAGAUAACGCCGAGGGGGAAACAGAGUAUUAG